AUGAACAAGAUGUAUGGUCUGUGUGUCCGCGCUGCUCGCCAAACAGCACGAUCAAAGUCAUUUAAGCUGCUUCAACGUAGAGGCUUCAGGUUAUCUUCGUGUGACUCUACGCUGGAAAAGCCACAGUUCCCCGGAGCCUCUGCUGAGUUUGUGGACAGUCUCGAGUUCAUCGAGCCCAAUGUCAUCUCUGGGAUCCCAGUGUACCGCGUAAUGGAUCGCCAAGGCAACAUCAUCAACCCCUCCCAAGAUCCAGGGCUUCCAAAGGAAACGGUUUUAACAUUUUAUCAAAAGAUGACACUCCUGAACACAAUGGACCGUAUCCUGUAUGAGUCACAGAGACAGGGUCGAAUCUCUUUUUAUAUGACCAAUUAUGGUGAAGAGGGGACACACAUUGGUAGUGCUGCUGCUCUUGAUCCAAGUGACAUUGUGUUUGGUCAAUACCGGGAAGCAGGAGUUCUGAUGUACCGGGGUUUUCCUUUGGACAGCUUCAUGGCUCAGUGCUAUGCCAACGCGGAUGACCUGGGAAAGGGUCGUCAGAUGCCUGUUCACUAUGGCUCUAAAGAACUCAACUUUGUCACUAUCUCUUCACCACUGGCUACACAGAUUCCCCAGGCGGCUGGAGCGGCUUAUGCUGUUAAGAGAGAAAACGCCGACCGGGCUGUGAUCUGUUACUUCGGAGAGGGGGCGGCAAGUGAAGGAGAUGCACAUGCCGGUUUUAACUUCUCUGCCACUCUUGAAUGUCCUAUCAUAUUCUUCUGCCGCAACAACGGAUAUGCAAUUUCAACGCCUACCAAUGAACAAUACAGAGGGGAUGGAAUUGCUGCUCGAGGACCUGGUUAUGGUAUGCUUUCAAUUAGAGUGGAUGGAAAUGAUGUAUUUGCCGUUUACAAUGCAACCAAGGAAGCACGGCGAAGGGCUGUAGCAGAAAACCAACCCUUUCUAAUUGAAGCAAUGACUUACAGAAUUGGCCAUCACAGUACAAGCGAUGACAGCUCUGCAUACCGUUCUGUGGAUGAGGUGAACUACUGGGACAAGCAGGACCAUCCCAUCUCUCGGCUCAGGCACUACAUGGCGACUCGGGGCUGGUGGAGCGAAGACGACGAGCGGAGCUGGAGGAAGCAGUCCCGCAAGACCGUGAUGGAGGCGUUCGAGAAGGCAGAGAAGCGCCUGAAGCCAAACCUGGAACUGCUUUUCACUGAUGUGUACCACGAGAUGACCCCGCAGCUAGACAAGCAGAAGGCGGCUCUAUGGAGGCAUGUCCAGCAGUAUAAGGAGCACUACCCUGUGGAUCUGUACGAAAAAUAA